AGCAAUAAUUAAAAUAAAAAAAAAAAGAUUCUAAAAGGAGUGUGUGUGAAUGUUGUUAGGCGUUGGUUGAAUAGAAUGGGGAAACAGGAGGAAGAGGGUUUAUAUAUAGAGAAGAGAUAAAAAGUAUUUUCUCUUCAUCAUGCUGGUUGCGUGAAGAAGCUGGCGUGAAACACCAACAACAACAACAAUGGGAAAAGGAGGCGGUGAAGUUGAUCCAAACAAGGUCAUCAAUGAUACCGUUCAAGUCCCUGAUACCGCACAUCAAAUUAGCAGCGAUUCAUGGUUUCAAGUGGGAUUUAUCCUCACCACCGGAAUCAACAGUGCUUAUGUGCUCGGAUAUUCCGGGACCAUCAUGGUUCCUCUGGGAUGGGUAGGGGGUGUAGUUGGUCUUAUUCUUGCUACAUUAAUAUCACUCUAUGCUAAUUCUCUUAUUGCUAUGCUCCAUGAAUAUGGAGGAACAAGACACAUUAGAUAUAGAGAUCUUGCUGGAUAUAUAUACGGUAAAAAGGCAUAUUCUCUCACAUGGACUCUGCAGUAUAUCAAUCUUUUCAUGAUAAAUACUGGUUACAUCAUUUUGGCCGGUUCAGCCUUGAAAGCUACUUAUACCUUGUUUAGAGAUGAUGCUCAACUGAAGCUUCCAUAUUGUAUUGCUAUAGCUGGAUUUGUGUGUGCCAUGUUUGCCAUUUGUAUUCCUCAUCUUUCAGCUCUUGGAAUUUGGUUGGGAUUUUCAACAGUCUUCAGCCUGGCAUACAUUAUCAUAGCAUUUGUGCUAUCAAUUAAAGAUGGAAUACAAGCACCACCCCGAGAUUAUGCUAUUCCAGGAGAUGGUGCAAGUAAAAUAUUUACAACAAUUGGGGCAACUGCUAACCUAGUUUUUGCAUAUAAUACCGGCAUGCUUCCUGAGAUACAGGCAACAAUUAGGCAGCCAGUUGUCAAGAACAUGAUGAAAUCACUGUACUUUCAGUUUACCGUCGGAGUUCUGCCAAUGUACAUGGUUACCUUUGCAGGAUACUGGGCUUACGGAUCUUCGACAGCAACCUAUUUGCUAAAUAGUGUGAAUGGUCCAGUCUGGGUGAAGGCUUUGGCCAAUAUUACAGCCUUCCUUCAAUCAGUCAUUGCAUUACAUAUCUUUGCAAGUCCAAUGUAUGAGUAUUUAGAUACCAAAUUUGGGAUCAAAGGAAGCGCACUGAAUGUUAAGAACUUGUCAUUUAGAAUCACGGUAAGAGGUGGCUACCUGGCGUUUAACACAUUUGUCGCGGCUCUCCUUCCGUUCCUUGGAGACUUCAUGAGCCUCACAGGAGCGAUCAGCACAUUUCCUCUUACAUUUAUUCUUGCAAACCAUAUGUACUUAGUAGCAAAGAAGAACAAGCUAAUGAGCAUACAAAAGCUCUGGCACUGGGCCAACAUUAUUUUCUUUAGCAUCGUGUCUAUUGCAGCAACUGUUGCAGCACUACGGCUUAUUGCUGUAGACUCCAAAACAUACCAUGUUUUCGCAGAUUUGUGAUAAAAAUCAUUCUAGUCUUUCAGCAGUUGUAAUGCCAGAUGUUACAUGUUUCAAAUGCUUUCAUUGAUGCAGAAUGAACAUAGGGUCCCCACGCAGAAGGUUGUAUUAAUGUACUUUAUUGAAUAGAUCACUCUUGGUUGAAGUUAGUGACAUGUAACAUCACAUGCACAGUUUUGGAGAUAGUUAAGCAAUGCACCAUAUUGUUUUGUGAGGGUUA